UAUACUUGUGAGGGACUCUGCAGCAACAGAAGAUUGGCUCCAAGGAGUCUGCAAUGGUUUGACUAAUUCAUAAGGGUUCCAUUAUGCUAGGUCAUCUUUCACAGGGGCAUCCACAUAUUGGACAGCAAGGAGUGAGAAAGAAUGAAGAUGAGUACUCACAUUUUGAGCUGCAGCCAACACUUCUCAGCAAACUUGAUGUCUUCCAGCACCAAGUGCAACCGACUUCACGAUUUUCAGAAAGGAUGGAGGGGCUUUUCAUCAGAUCCGUUAUGGAUUCAGCCUGCCUCCGUUUCCAGGUUGUGUCUGCUGAAGUGGGUGGUAGACCCGGCUCCAAGCUAAUUAAGGGUACUGCUCAAAUGCGCUUCAUGGCAGACCGGAGAAGGAGGUGGGAACACAACAUGGGCUCAGUGCCAUCUCCUAAAACCCCUCCAAUUGGGAAAUCUGACACUGGGAAGAAGAACAGUAUCCCACUAGAAGACAUUCUUGAGGUUUACAGAUAUAAACCCUCAGUUACUCAAUUUUGCAAGACAAUGAUGAGACAUGUUCAUUCAUCUAGCCUGUCAUUGCAUCCUUUUGCAAUGCUGACUGCAGCCUGUGCAGCAAAACAUGCUAGAAAACAGGGUUUCAAACCAAAAGUGGGAAAAAUUGCCUCAAAACAGAACUUUAAGGGUCCAUCUACAAAUAACUGAUCAGCUGAUCAGCCUCAUGAUGAUUGCAGUGGUACAGAGCAGAAUGCAGUAUGUACAGUUAACACUAAUAACUCUAAAGAACAGUUGUAUUUCUGAGGGAAGUAGCAAUUGCUACCAAAGGCAGAGAUGGCAAGUUUUAGAUGGCUGAUUGAGGGUCUCGUCAGCCACUGAUAAGUUAACCUCUGCUGACCCCCUUUUGCCCUUUGGGUCAAGUUUAUGUACAAAUGAACUCUGAGCAAAUAGUCCAAAUGAUUGAGCCAUUUGUGUAAAAAAAAAUAGACCUGUUGGAAUCAUGUGUUUUUUUUUAUACAGUUUGGUUAAAAGACAGUGGAGUUGUGUAUAUGAACAAAAUCUUAAUAAGGUAUUAGUGGCUAUGGAACACUGUAUUCUCCAACAGGAUCUAAGUGACCAGCCUGAGGAAGAGAAAGUAGAAGUAAAAAACAGCAUCUAACUAGGGUUAGAGGAAGUAAAUGAUCAAUUUGCUGUCAUUAAUGAAAGCAGCCUCAUAGCUAACAACGAAAAGAAGAAGCAGUCAGUCCUUGUACUCAGGAACUUAUCACUGCAAUUUUUUUGAAGUUAAACACAAUUAAAAUUUGUAAUAAGAACAGCCUUAAUAAAAAGCAAAUCAUUUUCCCCCAUGUUUCAUAUGUUCAAAAUACAAUUUGCUUCUAAAAAUCUUUGAUUGAAUUUGUGACUCUUAAAUAUUAUGGAAAUCUGCGCAAUUGUAAUUAAUAAUUCCAUUGUUAAAUUAAAAUCUGGGCUUGAUAUGGAUGCAUGUUGCAAUGGAUAUGCAAGAUGGGUAUGUAAUGGAUAUGUAAGAUAGGGGAGUGUGUAAUGUAUACAUAAGAUGGGGGUG